AGUUCUGAGAAAAACGAGUAUAUCAUCAGCCGAGGUAGGGCUUGAACUUGAUUGAAGCUCGUCGUCUUCGCCAACCUUUUCCGGCCUCCGGUGACCGACUUCGGCGCCGACGUCCGCCAUCACGGAUUUGACGCUGAACAUCCACUUGAGGGUUAGAAGUGAAGCAACAUGGUUCAGUUUAAGAACAGGUAUAUAGUGAUGGAAGUGUUUAUUGAUCCAAACAAAGACUUAGGUGGUACUGAGCCAAUUGUUAUUAGCCAAUUUAAUUUGACAAAGGCUAUUAAAGAUAGCAUUUUGUUGAACUUCGGAGAGUGUGGUCUGGCUUUAUCACUUCGUUCGUUCCAAGUUAAAUAUGUGAAUCCUGUUACGAAGGUGUGUGUUAUUAGAACUUCCCGCGAUGAUCAUGAGAAGAUAUGGGCUGCUAUUACCAUGGUUAGGAGUAUUGGGAAGUGCCCAAUAACAUUCAACUUACUGGACUUGAGUGGGUGUAUAAGAGCUUGUAAAGCUGCUGCCCUGAAGUGUGAUGAAGCUAAGUUCGAAACCUACAAGCUUGCCUCCGGUGGUUCUGUCAAAGCUGAGAUUACUCAUACAGUUGAAAGCUGCUUUGAGAAGCUGAAAAAUUUGGAGAGCUAAGAUCAGGAAAGGAUGGUUGCCUCCCAUAUUCAAUUUUCUUAGUAAACUUGUAGGACUCCCAGCAAGCUUCUUGUCGGCAAUUUCUAUACCGACAUUAAAA